CGAAAGGGGUCCGGCUGUUUUGAGAUGAAACCAGUGCCCAGCGAACCUAGGACUUUUUAACCAUAGCACUUUCGCGGGUGCCGCAGCAGUUUUGGUUUGGACUGCAUUGGUUGUGGCUCGGGCAGGGCCUGCAGGAUGGUAUCUAUUCCAUUAUGGGCGGCUACAAUCUGCUUUGCGUGCUACUCGAUGGAGACGUUAUCUUGUUUCAAUGGCGUGCCUCCGCAAUUGUGCAAUCCCGUGCCUACUCGCUACUUUGGCCGCCUGGUCUUCUUGACCGUUCAGACUAACAUAUUGAAUACUAUGUAUUUUGCUUGUUGCAUUAUUACUGCCGUCCUUGAUAUCCCUCACCUUGAGAAGGUCGUGGUCGAGGCUUUCCCCCUAUCCUUUGGCUUGGGCGUCUUCCUCACAAUUGGGUAUUACGCGUUGGAUCACUUCAAUCCUAUAGCGGUGCAGACGAGGAAGAAGUGGUCUGAGGAGGGGUACCCGCAUAUUGUGUGGAGAUGCCACACUGACCACAUUUUCGCUUUGCCAUCUUCGAUUUUGGCCGCACUCGUAUUCACGACACCGCAGGGCGCGACUGCAUCCAACUGGAAAGCAAUCACAUUGUCGUAUGGACUCCUCUACACGGUGUUGUUGCACAUCAAUGCGCUUCUUACUGGGGCAUGGCCAUAUGCGAUCAUCGAAGAUAUUAUGAAGAAGUCGGGGAGUUUGGGGCGCACGAUGUUCCUCGCAGUGAUAAUCUCGUUGAUACUUAUGUUUGCAACGCUCGGCCAUUGGAUCGCAGGCUGAAGUAUCUGAUCGGUGCGACAAAAAUCGCAGUGCAGAUGCGGGGAGUGCUUCCAGCUUGAGGGCGGUCAGGGGGUCUGCGCUGGAUGGGCCAUGAGAAAAUCGGUCGAGAAGGAGGGGUGAGGCUAAAUCAAAUCAAAAUCGGUCCCCUGACUCUUCCCUCAGGGGGUCUGCGCUGGAUGGGCCAUGAGAAAAUCGGUCGAGAGGGAGGGAUGAGGCUAAAUCGAAUCAAAAUCGGUCCCCGGACUCCUCCUGGGGUCAAAACCGACCAGUUUUUCAAGCCGCGUCCAGCCGUGGCGACGAGAGGGCUCCGUGUUCCCUCUUCCUUGCCGUCUGGAGCCACUGCUGGGCCACCUCGGCCCCCCAGCCGGCACUAAGCGGAGAGGGGCGUUCUCCAGCAUUGUCCCCCGCUCGGUGCCGGUACGCGUGGCAUUGCUGGUUGCGCGUGCGCGCACGGGUAGGAGAGGCUCUGCGCACAGUGCCGUUGUGUUCGAAAAUCGCUC